CUCACACUUGACGGCCAUUUUUGUACAGAAAUCAUCGUGCGUACCACGAGGUGCGAUUGGUACUAAAACACUUCUGAAGCGUCCUAAAUAUCGUUUAAUUUAGGUGGACUUGUAGUUCAAAUGUGAAACGAUUGAAACCAUGCCUUCUUCGAAUCCUCUUCCUCCCAAGGAGAAUGCGCUCUUUAAGAGAAUACUGAAAUGCUAUGAACAGAAGCAGUACAAGAAUGGACUCAAGUUUUCCAAGCAAAUUCUGUCCAAUGCAAAGUUUGCCGAACACGGAGAAACCCUGUCAAUGAAAGGCCUCAUUCUGAAUUGCUUAGGCAAGAAAGAAGAAGCUCUAGAGCUGGUGAAGAGAGGCCUUCGGAAUGAUCUCAGGAGUCAUGUCUGCUGGCAUGUAUUUGGUUUAAUACAGCGAGCAGAGAGGAAAUAUGAUGAGGCUAUCAAAGCCUAUAGAAAUGCACUGAAAUGGGACAAGGAGAAUCUCCAGAUCCUACGGGACUUAUCAUUGCUUCAGAUUCAAAUGAGAGAUUUAGAAGGAUACAAGGAGACAAGAUAUCAGUUGCUUCAUUUGCGACCAGCUCAAAGAGCAUCCUGGAUUGGAUACGCUAUGGCCUUUCAUCUCUUGAAAGAGUAUGACACCUCGCUCAAUGUUCUAGAAGAAUUCAGAAAAACACAACAGGUGAAAUCGUAUGACUAUGAACAUAGUGAGUUUCUUCUCUAUAUGAAUCAAGUUAUGAGAGAAGCUGGUAUGCACGAAGAAGCACUGAAUCAUCUCAUUCAAUACCAACAACAAAUAUGUGAUCAAGUCUGUCUGCAAGAAACUAAAGCGGAUCUGCUGUUAAAGCUUGGCAAAGCAGACGAAGCAAGGCAGAUCUUUGAGCACCUCCUGGAGAGGAAUCCUGAGAAUUGGGCAUACUAUGAAGGCCUUGAGAGAAGUACCAAUGCAACUACCGAGGCUGAGAGAUUAGCCAUCUAUACUACUUACAUGGGCAAAUAUCCAAGGGCAGCAGCACCCAAGAGAUUGCCUCUCAAGUUUGUGACAGGUGAAGAGUUUGACAAGAUGCUAGAUGAAUACUUGAGGAAAAUGUUCAGGAAAGGGGUUCCUCCUGCCUUCACCAGUCUACGAGGACUCUACAAGGAGCCUGCUAAGGUCGCUGCAAUAGAAAGGAUGGUCCUAGGCUACAGGGAAUGCCUAGACUCCAUUGGAAGGUUUAGUAAAGAAGACCCUACAGAAGGAGAUUGUGAACCACCGACAGUACUUCUAUGGACAUUAUACUUUCUUGCUCAGCACUAUGAUCACUUAGGCAACUUGGAGAAGGCUUUUGAAUUCAUUAACAGGGCCAUUGAACACACCCCAACUCUCAUAGAACUCUUCAUUGCCAAAGCUAAAAUCUACAAGCAUGCAAGGGAUGCCAAGAAGGCUGUAGAAUGUCUUGAUGAAGCCCAGUCCUUGGACACGGCAGAUCGCUAUGUUAAUUACAAAUGUGCUAAGUAUAUGCUGAGAGCUAACAUGAUCAAGCAAGCAGAGGACAUGUGUAGCAAAUUUACACGAGAGGGUGUACCAGCUGUUGAAAACUUGAAUGAAAUGCAAUGUAUGUGGUUUCAAACGGAAUGCGCCCUCAGCUACCAGAGACAAGGCAUGUACGGCGAGGCUCUCAAGAAAUGCCAUGAAGUCGACAGGCAUUUUACCGAAAUAAUUGAAGACCAGUUUGACUUUCAUUCGUACUGUAUGAGGAAGAUGACGUUACGAGCCUACCUCAGCCUGUUGAGGUUAGAAGACGUUCUGAGAAAUCAUAGGUUCUACUUCAGAUGUGCAAAGAUAGCAAUAGAGGUGUAUCUCAGGUUACAUGACAAGCCACUGGCAGACUCUGAUGCAUCAGACGACAUUGACACAGCAAAUCUCACCCCUAAGGAACUGAAGAAGCUUCGGAGUAAGCAGAGAAGAGCGCAGAAGAAAGCUCAACAGCUCAAGGAAGAAGAGGAAAGGAACAAAGCUCAUGAGAAACAAGGAAAGAACAAGCAUGACCCUGACCUUGAUGGGCCAAAGGAAGAAGAACUAGUACCAGAUAAACUGGCAAGGAUUGAAGACCCACUGGAACAAGCUAUCUAUUUCUUGAAGCCAUUACAAACUUUAGCAGCUAACCUCAUAGAAACACACCUUAUGGCUUUUGAGAUCUACUACAGGAAAGACAAGCUGCUUCUGAUGCUACAAUCUAUCAAGAGAGCUUGCGCAGUGGACAGAUUGAAUCCCAAGCUACAUGAGUGUAUAGUUAAGUUUUGUAAAAAAGUGAAUGAGAGACUAGAGCAACAACAUGAAGCAGUGCGAACCAUUCUACAACAAGAAGUUCAGCUUCUACUUGAAGGUCAAGACAUUGUACAAUACAACAAGUCCUUUACAGAUUCUCACCUUUCAUCCCAAACACAUAGAAUAUCAGGUGCUCUAAGUAUGUACUUCCUCGAUCCUACCAAGAAGGAUGAAGCAAUCUCGUUAGCUACUCACCUAGGAGACAACCUUUCAAAUAGAAAUACUCAGAAUUGCAUCCGGGUCCUGGAGCUUCUCCAGUCGGACUUGAAGUGUGAAUCGAUGGCUUCCGAAUACAAGACACGAUGCCAUGAGCUGUUCCCUUAUGCAAGCGCUUUCCAACCACCAAAGAUGAACCACACCAUGGAGAACGAUGAUGAAAGUGUCGUCGAAGAAGAGAAGAUGAAUUCCAACGAUGGCUCACCCACUACCAACAACAUUUCCCCAAGGUCAAAUGACAUAGAGCUCUCCUGCAACUCAACAGGGGAUAACUGAUGUUCUAACUUAUCCUUGAUGCCAUGCUUGUCAAUUUAUUCACAUUAUCUUCUAGGAAGGGAAGACAUUCUUGAGGUGGUGUAUCACUGCUUGAGUGGUAUUUCAGAGAUGGUGUACUCUGAAAGCAUGUAGAUCAAGCUCCAUCAAUUUGUGAGAUUCUUGAUAAUGCCAUGCAAUACUGAGAAUGGUCUUUAUCUAGGUGGCUGUUUCAUGAAGCUGGUAAAUGAAGAGCCAAAUGUGAGCCUGAAAUUAUUUAUUCCUGGCAUUAAUCAACAGAGGACAGAUCUAAUAAUCUAAUCAAAUUGUGGUAGAUGAUAUCUUAUAUCCUAACAUUGUAUGUUGAUGGUUGGAUUAUCUUCAACAUUAGCUAUGAACGAUUGGAGUCCUCAUGCCAAGACCAUUCGUCAUGUGCAACAUUAUGAUCAGCUUCAUGAAACAGUGACCUAGUUGAUGGUUGAACAGACGUACGAAUUAUAAUUUCCAAUUUUGAUUCAGAGAAAAGCCACAUACAGUUGAAUCAGCCAAUUAUAGUCAACUCUCUUUGGGACCAAAAGAAUCUGUUCUCAUUGGAUGAAUAUCGACAGAUGAUUUGCAUAUUCUGGUCUCGAAUAAUUUUGGGGGUUAGGCGAUGAUUCGACUAAUGGAAGGUUUCCUUGUGCAGACUCUGCUGUACAAUGUGAUGAUAUAUUUAACUUUGAGUUUCUUUGAAAUAUCCAAUAUUUAUUUCCUUCCCUUUCCCUAGCUCUUGUCAUAAGUCAGUAUACAAAUAUACAAUGACACUCAAAGAAUUGGCUAAAAAUAUUCGCAUCGAAGGAACAUCACAUAGUACUAUUCUCUCGAGGGCCAUCAGCUUGAGGGAGAAUAGUACUAUGUGAUGUUCCUGAGUGCGAAUAGUUUUAGUCUGUUCCGAGAGUGGGUCAUUGUAUAUUUGUGUUAUAUCCCUUCUACUCAUACCAUUUUACAGCGAAACGAUUUUUAAUAAGUUGAGCAAUCGUUGAGAAAAUAAUGAGUCUUGCCGUAUGGAUUGUCUUGCACCUGGUUAGUGCAGCUCGCCAAAAGUUUCCCCAGGCAUGCAGUGGAGCAGCGCUCUGCUCGCAUCGCGUCGCAUAGCUCGCGAAUCGCGAGAAAAAAUAAACGUUAAGUUCACUUUUUCCCUAGGGAAAAAAUGGACUAUGCGUGACGUCAGCAAGGAAAGUGAACUAUUUCACGGCAAACGUUUUUCGUAGUAAAACUAUUCUUUUUCUCCUUGUGUACACUCUCAAUACAACAAUCUUAAGUAAGGGAUAUAAUAACUAAUAUGCUAAUUCCACUUUCACAAGAGCUAUACCAGUUUUCAAGAUAGCAGUAUGCAUGAUUCUCAGCACAGUGCCAGAUACUGGGUAUAAAAAAACCAUUGUGUUAGAUUAGUGGAAAAAUUGUUCUUAUAACAAUCUCCUAUUUCCUAAUAUCACAUGUAAAACAUGGUCAUCUAAUGUUAUGAUUAUUCAUAAACUCCACACAUAUUUAAGUAUGAUUAUAUGGAAAUACCUUGCUAUCCUGUGGUGUUUCAUAAAGCUGUUAAUAAAGUUAUGCAUGACUGGAAUAGGUGCCAAGUAAGUGACGAAAGGGUAACCAAGCAUGCGUAAAAUCAUUUGUACAGUGUAACUUAAUAACAGCUUUAUGAAAAUUGUGUGUUGAUGAACCCUUUCAUGGCUGAGAUCUGAAUUGGCCUUGGCAAUGGACCCAUUAAAACUGAUCGAAAAGCCUAGUAUUAGUAAGAAAUAUAGGUUCUGAAACUAUAUGUUAAUGAAAUAUAUUUUGGCUCUACAAAAUGAUAUUUUUUAGGGAAAUUCCUGCCAGUAUUAGCUGUGCCGAGGGACAAUGAAUUCUACUUUCCAGUAUUGUAGAAAUAAUCUGCUCAUGGCUAUUAGAAUUCAGUUGUGUUAUUUAAGAGUUUGAAUUGUAGAAUAUUAAAUAAAAUAGCAAGUUAAUGUGAGUGUUUAUAACAAUCCAAUCCUUGCAAUGUGCCAGUCUAUUUCCACAAGGACAUUUUUUUCAAUCGUAGUGGAAUGAAAUAUUGGUUUAUUAAAUGAGGUACCUACAUGUAAUUUGAGACUAGUGAAUUACCUUUUUUGUAGCUAUUUUCAACUCUCUUAUGGGCAGCUGAAGCAACUAUGAGUUUGGAAAUCACUUUUUACCUUUGAUUAACUCUGUUAGUCUUGCAUCUAGUCUAUGUUGUCUUUAAUGAUAAUGGAAUUCUUAAAUUGGCAACACUGGAAAUUUUAAAAUCAUCCUGUGGUUGUAGAAUCGAUGGGACUGUUAAAGCUCAGAUAUAGCAAUGAGUAGUUGUAGAGUAAUCAACCUUUUGUACGUCCAACCCCCAACUUCCUACAUUCUUACUUCACUUCAUGAAAUACUGAAGUCGUGAGACCUGUUGCACAAACGUUACUAUUAUAGUAACUUGGCCAUCCAAUGGUAACUUCCCUGAAAUCAUUGAUUUUGAUUGGCUGUUGACCAUUGGAUGGCAAAUUACCAUAAUAGUAACUUUAAGGCAACAGGCCCAAGAUCAUUUGAGAGCAUGAAAAAUCAUAACUAGAAAAUAGAUGUAGAUAUCAAUGAAAUUGCCCAGUUAAUAUAUUGGGACUGUAUUUCCUCAGCUCUAUUAUACAGAGAUCUUCAGAUAAGAACUCUUGGUAAUGAUAGCAUUCCAAAAAUAUGAGAACAUCAAAUUAAACUCAGCAACACAAAAUUAUGAGACCUGACAAGUUUUGUCAGAGAUAAAAUUUUAUUUUUUAAGCUGGAUUAAAAUAUCUUUAGUUAUUGUAUUUAGAGAAACUGGCUCAUAAUUGCUUAUUUUCCAGACAGGAAAACUACAAUUUCUUUAGAUAUUGUAGCUACAGAAAGUAUUUAUGUGAUACACCAAAAUUUUUCUCAUUUUAUUUAAGAAAACAGGUACCGUAUUUAUAUAUACAAUCUGAAUAUGACACUGACUCGCCUUUUUUGUACGUUUUGUUCAUUGAUCUGUGACAUCUUAUGAAAUAUUUACUCAAGGCUGCAAUCUGCCUGAAAGACCUACAGUUUUAAUAGAACAUUUAUAAUGUUCAAGUUAUUUAUGUUUUAUUUGUUUUUCUUUAAUUUAUUUAUUUCUCAUUUAAUUUCAUUAUCGUAAAUCCUGACAAGUAUUAUUUUGUAAUCAAGGACAAUUAAGAAUUUUUUUACACAAUAAUAGUAAUAGUUUCUUGGAGAGUUUCAUCAGCAACUGUCAGAGCUGACAACUUUCCUUGACAUUGAUUGGCUGACAAGUACAGUUGCUAUGAUAACUGUCAGAUAAAACAUACUGGACAACUCUUUGAAAUGCUCUUCAGGUCCUGUCUUGGAAAGUCAGCGCUACAAAUUUAACCCUUUGAAAUCAAUGGUAUUGCUAUUAAUAAUCUACAGUAUACAGGCUAAUACAAUUGGUAAACACAUCUGUCUUCAAUCUUAUAGCAUGAUGAAAAGAAGGCCAUGCCCACAUUUGUUUUCUAAUACCACAUUACAUCAAAAUAUCCCGUCUGUUUCUCCCUUGUCAAGAAAUUGAAUUGUAUAGGCCGUCAAUGAGAAAUACAAUCAAUAUUACUGAUUUGAUAUCUUGCUAUCUUUGAUUUAUCAACCUUAAUCUAGGCAUGCAAUAAGCAGAAUUUUAAGGGCUAUAUUAUCUCAGAUAUUGAAUAUACCUCCUUGAAGUAAAUUUAGAAACCCUGAAGAAAGGAAGCCGUCGGUAUACACAAUAUUUUCCGUCACUUGACAAUCUAGGUUUCUGCUUCUUAAAUGAAUUGAUAGAGAUUAAAAAAAUUUGUUGAAAACUUAUGCACUUAUAUAACUUACUCCUGGAUGUAGGAGAUUUACUAUAGAUAAUUGUGUUACCGAAUUACCAGUAUCAGGAAAAGAUUAGUCAAUUGUCAUUUUAAAUUGAUACAUUAUCAGUUUCCAUUGCUCUUUACCCACUCAAUUGCCUGCUUUUGGUAGGAAUUUAGAAUUGACAUGUGAGUGGCUCUUUAUCUUUAUUUUAUUAUCUUUUUUAUACUGGAAGAAAUUGAUUGAUUUCUUUCUACAUUUCUACUAUUUGCCCCUUUACAGGGCUGUCUUGUGUGUUGACUAUAAGAUGGAGAAUGAUUUGUUUACAUCUAAAACUAAAAUUCAAUUUUGCAGUUUGAUAACAAGGAAUUCUUAAUGAAAUUGUGUUUGUUUUUUUUCUUCAAUAUUAUAUUGUACAUGAGAGAAUGUAGCUAUGAUGAAAAUACAA